CAGCAGAGGUAAGGAAGUGGGUUUUGGGGGAGGUGUAGGGUGGAGAGACAGGAGGAGGAGCGGAAAUGGGGCAGGCCUCCUGUUAUCGCCUUAUAUGGGCACUGGCAGCUACAGGGCCAGGAGACCCAGCCUCUCCUCCCUUUACCUGUUCCUCCUCUCCACUCCCAUUUUUCUGCCCUCUCCGCUUCCUCCCUUGGAGGCAGGGUCCACCCUUCUACUUCUCCCAGCUGCCUUAACCACCUUUGCUUUCCAGCUCAACUCCAUUUCUGUCUGUCCUCAAGAAUCGAUGGGUAAUACAGGGAGCCCCUCAAGCUGAUGCCUUCUCAUGCUCGCUCCCUGCCCUUUAACCUCUUAUUUCCUAGACUCAGACUCCUCCAAAGAGCAGUUGCUCUUUGGUGAGUCGAUUUCGCUGGAGCCGCUUCCGGUGCUGGAUACAGCGAACUAUCUAGGAGAAGGGAAGCAGAUGGAUCAGGCUCAGGGAAUGAACUGGACAUGUGCACAAACCAUGCCUCUGUUCCCGUCUGGCUUUGAUGGGAGCUACCGUGUUUGUGCAACCCCUGGAUCUGGUGAAGAACCGCAUGCAGCUGAGUGGAGAAGGAGCCAAGACGAGAGAAUACAAAACCAGCUUCCAUGCCCUUACCAGCAUCCUGAGGGCAGAAGGGCUAAGGGGCAUUUACACCGGGUUAUCUGCUGGCCUGCUGCGCCAGGCCACCUACACCACGACACGUCUUGGCAUCUAUACCGUGCUGUUUGAGCGUCUGACCGGGGCUGACGGCACACCUCCUGGCUUUCUGCUGAAGGCCCUGAUUGGCAUGACUGCAGGUGCAACGGGUGCUUUUGUGGGAACCCCAGCGGAGGUGGCUCUGAUCCGAAUGACCGCCGACGGCCGGCUUCCAGCUGAUCAACGCCGUGGUUACAAAAACGUGUUCAAUGCCCUGAUUCGAAUUGCCCGGGAAGAGGGUGUCCCCACACUAUGGCGGGGCUGUAUCCCCACCAUGGCACGGGCUGUCGUCGUCAAUGCUGCCCAGCUCGCCUCCUACUCUCAAUCAAAGCAGUUUUUGCUGGACUCGGGCUACUUCUCCGACAACAUCCUGUGCCACUUCUGCGCCAGCAUGAUCAGUGGCCUCGUCACCACUGCCGCCUCCAUGCCCGUGGACAUUGUCAAGACCCGGAUCCAGAACAUGCGCAUGAUUGACGGGAAGCCAGAAUACAAAAAUGGGCUGGAUGUGCUGGUGAAGGUGGUGCGCUACGAGGGUUUCUUCAGCCUGUGGAAGGGCUUCACACCGUACUAUGCCCGCCUGGGCCCCCACACGGUCCUCACCUUCAUCUUCUUGGAGCAGAUGAACAAGGCCUACAAGCGUCUCUUCCUCAGCGGCUGAGGAAGCCGGGAGCCGGAAUCAGUGUGCCAGGGCUCCCGGUCACCAGCUACUCCGGUCACUGCGCCCUGGGGUGGACAGCGGGAGGGCCCUGGACUCAGCUGCCCCAGGCCCCUCUAUUUAUUGCCCCUCCACAGUGUGGUUCCCCCUCCUCCUUUCAUGGUAAAGGACUUUGGUCUGUUUUGUCACCUCCUCCAGCUUGUCCUGGCCCCUGUGGCCACUCCCUCCCUGGCUGUGCUUUGGGGAGGGGCUGGCGAAGUCCUGGAGAUUUCUGAUCUCCUCCUGGGUGUUUGCUUCAGGGAUACAGGACAGCAGAAGGUCCCUCCCGUGGGGUCCCCAGGAAGCAGGAAGAGAUGGCCGACCGCAGAAGCCAACAGGAUGGCCAGGGGUCCUCAGUGGGAUGCCUCACUGGGGACUUAAUAAAUUGCAUUGGUGAUAACCGCAUCUAGAGGGUUUUGGGGGUGUAAAAGGGGAGGAGACUAGACAAAGAAGCCAAGUCCCCCCUCGCCCCCCGCCCAGGAAUCAGGAACUGGAGUUUUCAGCAGAAAUUAUUAAAGCAAAAGACCCUGCUGGUUUCUGCCAA